UCUUUUUAGUAUUAGGAGAAUCCAUGCACAAAUGGUGGUAGUUGGCUUUGUUCCCAAUGAAUAUUUGGUAACCAAAUUGUUGAUAUUGUAUGCAAAGGCAGGGGAUUUAGUAACUGCUGGCAGUCUGUUCAAUGAGUUGUCGAGGACUACCUUAAUUUCAUGGAAUGCAAUAAUUGCUGGUCAUGUGCAAAAUGGUCUUGUAGAAAUGGGAUUGAGUCUUUAUUAUAAGAUGAGACAGAGUGGUUUGACACCAGAUCAGUACACCUUUGCAUCAGUCUUUAGAGCGUGUGCCACUUUAGCAACAUUGCAGCAGGGCAAGCAAGCAAAAUACUUCGUUGUUUGUCUUUGCAUUAUCAGCUGCUUAUAUGUAUUGACCCUUUCUCAUCUAUAAAAAUUAUACUAAUGCCCUAUUCUAAAGGUGGUUUUUGAGUGUGAAAGUAUUUUUCUUACAUUUUCAUAGUUAAACUAAUUAAAAUAUACAUGUUCAUUCAUGUAGGGAAUAAGUCGAUAUUCACCAAUAAUUAAUAAAAUUUGGAUAUAAUUAACCCAACAGUUCGAAUUUUGAUGCAUUUCCACUUGAAAGUUUGUUUCUCAAAUUUGCAGCAGAAAUAGUUUUUGGAAAAAUAUUUCAAUUCUCUCCUCAUUUCAUGCUCUUUCAUAAUGCAUCACAAGUUGCUUACAAUUGAGAAAGAAAUUUGAUAUUUUGAGAAACAAUUGAGAAAAAAAAUUUCAAUUAUUUGGUAGCUAUUUAUUAUCUUUUUGCUUUUCAAUCUCCCAUUUAUCUUAAUUGCUGAUGUGGCAGGGAAGGAUAAUCAACAUAGCAUCAAUUGUUGGUCUUGUUGGUAACGUUGGGCACGCCAAUUAUAAUGCUGCAAAGGCAGGGGUACUUGGCCUCACAAAAACCAUGGCAAGGGAAUAUGUGAGUAGGAAUAUUAAUGGACACCAGAGUUCAUGGCUUCAGAAGUAUAUGCUGAAGAAUAAAAUGAAUUGGUACAAAACAUUCUUCAACAGAUGGUGAGUUGUAAUGUAGAUCUUAUGUUUAACACUUCUACAGU